UAUUUCAUAGGUUAACUGUUGCGUUUGGUGACUAGUCAGAUCUGUGUUUGCUGUUGUUAGUUUGUUGUUAAAAGCUUCCACCAGUUCGCCCAGAUUUACUCCGUAAAAGCAGCGAUGGCAAGUCAAGUCAAGAGCGAUGAAUCCGGGACUGUGGAGAAGGACAGCGCUGCUGCGGGACAGACAGUCAGAGAGAACAUGACAGAAACUGAUAGCUAUAAUCGAAGUGUGUUCAGUCCGGAUCCUGAUGAGGAGUAUAAGAUGAACCACAAGAAGAGAGGAAUGGCUCUGAUCUUUAACCAUGAUCAUUUUUACUGGCAGCUCAGGUUGAACAUCCGCUCUGGCACAGAGGCAGACAAGCAGAACCUUGUUGGAAGAUUUCAAGAGCUGGGUUUUGAAGUGAAAACUUAUAAUGAUUACAAGCGGGAAGAAAUUUUGUCCAUAAUCAGAGAAGCUGCUGCUGCUAACCAUGUAGAUGCAGACUGUUUUGUCUGUGUCUUUUUAAGUCACGGGGAAAACGGUCACGUCUAUGCCUACGAUGGGCAGAUUGAAAUUAAAGAAAUCACUGAUUUGUUCAAGGGGGAUAAAUGCCGUAGCCUUGUAGGUAAACCCAAGAUCUUUAUCUUGCAGGCUUGUCGUGGUGACAAACAUGAUGACCCUGUGACACCAAUGGAUGCAGUGGACAGUCAGAUGGACAACGAAGUGGUCGUAGAUGUGGGGUCGCUCUGCACCCUUCCAGCAGGAGCAGAUUUCAUUAUGUGCUACUCAGUAGCUGAAGGAUAUUACUCUCAUCGUGAGACGGUAAGAGGCUCGUGGUACAUCCAGGAUCUGUGUGAAGUCCUGGGGCGUUACGGGUCAACACUGGAGUUCACUGAUAUCCUGACGCUUGUUAACAGGAAGGUCGCCUACCGCAGUGUAGAAAACUCCAAGGAUCGAUCUGCUAUAGGCAAAAAACAGGUGCCUUGCUUUGCGUCCAUGCUUACUAAGAAGCUGUUUUUCAAGCCUAAGAAGGGACAUUAGUGUUAGGGCUGUACUGCAGGUAAAAAUUCAGUGAUUAUAUAAUUUUAUUUGACUUCAUUUUGGGCUCUUAUAUAUAUGUUGUUUUCAAAAUGGAAACUAUGCAGGUUUGCAUGUUUUAGCCUGGAGGGUAGACAAGCUCAGCGUUACAAAGUGCAAUUACUAUUUUAGUUUUAGUUUCUUUUUUUUUACUCAUUAAAAACGAAAGAUAUCAGGUUUCGCGGUUUACACUAGCAAAGCAAAAAAAGCUUUGAAUUACCUGCAGGCCAAGGCAAAGACAUUCCCAGCUUUUAGUGCAAGAAAAACUACUUGGGAGAACAGACCAAUGAAACUUGAAAUUUCUAGAAUUUUUAAUGUAUGUCAACCAUGCACACUACAUUCAUGAUCAUGAUUUGUCAUCAAGAGCUGUAAUAUAUCUCUUAAUCUGUGAGGAAUGCAUGAGUAACUUCACAGCUGUUGGAAUUUUAUUUUAGUUUGAAAGGGGAAGAAACAAAACAAGAAGAUCCAGUUAAACGGUUUAAAAAAAACUUGAAAUUCCACAUAGAGCACAAACCUACUUGUCUUCCAGCUUUGCAUACAAACUACAUUUUGAAAGUAUGUAUGUUAUGGAAUUGUUAUGGGGAAUUAUGUUUUUGUUUAAAUUGUGUGUUGCCUUAAAUGUUGUGUGACUUAGAGAUCCGGCCACAAAGAUACACUACACUUUUACACAUUUUUGAAACAUCAAAUGUUUUGGUCAUGGUGCAUCUCUUUUGACCACUUCUCUUUUGGUGUUGUUUCAUCAUAUGUAGCACUGGUUUAGAUAAACUAAGAGCAUUUAUAUAUGAUAUGAGCUGAAUGCCUUUAUACAUUCUUUACUCAGCUCUAUUAACUUAGAGUGGAAUUUAUUGUAUGGCUCUUUUAAUGUUGGUGCAAGCCUCAUGAUGUACAUCUUAGUCUUUUUGCUAAGGUAGACUCUUAGGUAAGGUACUUAAGGUAGUUUUUUUGGUAUAAGGUAUUCCUUUCCCUACUAAUGUGACUGUUUUUGUCCUGUUGGAACAUGGGAUUAUUGGGAAAUUGGGUAUGAAAACUUUUGCUGCAUUUGCUUGACUCUAUAAUCAAACAACAUUCGUUUGCAUUAAAGACUAGCUCUGUAUUUGCUACGUGGGCCAUUCUACAUAAUUGGUUCAAAGUCAGAGUUGGAAACGUCUUGGGGUUUUCCACAAGUUUUGUAUGUAUGCAAAUUGAAUAAUAUCCAAGGUACACAUUUCUAGUAAUUGUGCAGUUAAUUCUCAUAUUGAUAUUUUCAGAAAGUUUUAGAUUAUUUGUCUCCUCCCCAAAUUGAACAUGAAGGAUUAUAUUAACCUAUUAAGAUUUUGCUUAGAUCUUCCUUGUAAAUAUAUUUUUUCCUAUUUUAUUAAAAUAUUUUUAGAGGUAAAUUAAUAACAAUUACAAUUUUAACAAUAUUUCAAGUGUGAUUUAUGAGAUUUGUUGGAUUCCGAAUCCAAUUUUUCUAAACGGCAAAAAGUUGAUCAUACUGAUUUCAAACUUAAGGAUUCAUUAGUCUGAAUAUAUACUGAACCAAACACUAUCAUAACAUUUUGGUUGAUAAUUCAGUAUAAAAAAAUUUUUUUGACAAAAUAUCCCCAGUCGUGACCGCACAUUUUUGAUAGUGACAGUAAUGUUUUGGUAGCGACCACAUCACAUUACAAAAUUUUAAUCUACAUACUAAAACACUAAUAAAACACAAAAAAUUGCAUAACUGUACUAAAAUUUUGUUUAUUUCCCCAAAAUAUGAGGAUUAAGUUUUCCCGUUUGUCACUACUGAAACAAUGAUGGCAUGUUUCGUUCAUGACUGUUACAGUAGAGACAAUUUUCUGUGAUAACACCCCGGAAAAAAAAAACGACGUCACUACAGAAACUUUACCUAAUGUUUCGGUCAAACGCUAAUUGGCACAUUGUUAGGUAGAACAGUUCUGAACAGUGGUACACAUAUGAAAACUAAAUGUUAUGGAAUAACUCCCAAAAAAGUGUGCUUAGCUUAUACCAAAAUGGUGUUCGGUAAUGACAUUCUUCAAAGUUACACACAGAUUUUUCAUACUUUUGAACACGUUUACCUCAAAAUGAUGGGGUCUGUCUACCCACCUUGUAUUUAUGAGAGAAAGGGACGCAUAAAAAUAUUUCCUGAUCAUAAAUGUAGAGGUGUAGUUAAAAUCAGUCUUCGCCAAUGUACUAAAAAAAAAUAUAUAUAUAUAUAUUUAACUUUUACUUUUUACAAAAUCAAAGAAAUUUUAAAAAUCAAUGGAAUUAAAUGCAAAAGUCAAUAUUUUCAAUAAGUUGAAAUUUAGGGGUUAGAUUCAGGAUAGCCACCUCCCAAUUGCAAGUACCCACUAAAUGAUGAUUUAUAUAUAUAUAUAUAUAUAUAUUUAUUAAGCCUACCAAUAUUCUAAAUGUUAUUGUGGGUUUCAAUAGAUAAUGAAAGGACCUUAGUAAACGUCUAAAAAGAUUUGAAUACUUGAAUGCUUUUUAAAUAUGUUUUUUGGUUGUGGGACAGCAGUUUCCACCAAUUCUGAUUCUGUAGAAUGGCCCAUAUAGCAAAUCCAGGUUUAUAGUACAGGUCUUCCCAAACAGUCAAACUGAGUUAAACUUUUUUUAAUCUCAGAGGGUGCUUCAAGUAAAUUGUAGACUGUAUGUAAUAAGAAUGCUUGGCAAAUAAAUCAGCAAUCUCAUCAAUAUACACUGAAAUAUAGAUUUUUGUUGUUGUUGUUGUUGUUGUUGUUUUGUGUUGCAAGAAUGUACUUCUAUUAAAAUAAAGACAUACACUGAUUAAUUGUA